AUGGCUUUGGAUGGUGAAACGAAUCUCAAGAAUAAACAGCCGUGCCAGCCAGUCGCUAAGGUUUGCGCCACAGUCGAAGACAUCUGCAGCAACUCAAUUCACUUUGCAGUGGAAGACCCCAACCUGGACCUGUACAAGUUCGAUGGAAAUGUGGUUAUCAAUGGCCAGGAAAAGCUGCCCUUGACUAACAACGAGAUUGUCUACCGUGGGAGCAUUCUGCGCAACACUGAGCAGGUCCUCGGGAUGGUCAUCUACACCGGCGAGGAGUGCAAGAUUCGAAUGAACGCUAACAAGAACCCGCGAAUCAAGUCGCCCUCCCUGCAGGCCAGGGUCAACCGGGUCGUCAUGCUAAUUGUGGUUCUCGUCGUCGCGUUGGCGGUCGCCUGUACCAUCGCAUACAAGUACUGGGCCGAGGACGUGGAGAACUCCGCAUGGUACUUGACGCAGGCAAGUGUUGAUUUGGGUCCCAUUUUUACGUCAUUUUUGAUUAUGUUCAAUACGAUGAUCCCGAUUUCUCUUUACGUGAGUAUGGAGAUUGUCAAGGUUGCCCAGAUGUUCCUUCUGAACGAUAUCGACAUGUAUGACGAGGAGACGGACACCCCGCUUGAAGCACGAACGUCAACCAUCAACGAGGAGCUGGGACAAGUGAGCUAUAUCUUUUCGGACAAGACGGGUACUCUGACGAACAACACAAUGAAGUUCCGCAAAAUAAGUGUCGCGGGUACGGCAUGGUUCCACGAUCUCGACAUUCGCGAAGAAGAGGCCAAAGAGGGCGACCGUGGCAAGCUAAUCCACAAGAAGCGAAGCGUCAAAGGAAAGAAAGCCGUGAGCCGCAAGUCCAACGUGUCAGAGGCCCGACCAAGUGGUGUCAGAUGCUCGAACGUGUCUACCGGCGUGGACAUGGCUGGUACUAUGUCCAUGAGAGGUCGAUCCCUCAGAGAUGGAAAGAUGGCUUCAACUUGCCGGACAACGGACAUGAUUGAGUACAUCCAGCGUAAACCUUACACCGUCUUUGCGCGCAAGGCCAAGCUGUUCCUUCUCUCGAUUGCUUUGUGCCACACCUGCAUUCCUGAAGAGGACGAAGACGGGAAUACCACGUAUCAGGCGUCAUCGCCCGAUGAAUUGGCACUGGUAUCGGCCGCUCGGGAACUCGGAUUUUUGGUCCAGGAUCGCCAAUCGAACACCUUGACCAUUCGAAGUUUCCCCAAUGGAGCAUACGAGCCGGCCGUUGACGAGGUGUUUGAGAUUCUGGAGGUUAUUGAGUUCUCGAGUGCGCGGAAGCGGAUGUCGGUUCUGGUGCGGAUGCCAGACCAGCGCAUCUGUGUGUUCUGCAAGGGUGCGGAUAGCAUUUUGAUGAAUCUGUUGAAGAAGUCUAAUCUGGCGCAAGAGAAGGCUGUCGAGAUUGAGAGACGCGCGAGCAGGCGCAAGGCUGCAGAGGCGAACUCGAUCAUUCGGCGCAACAGCGAAUACAACAACCGAAAGGAAAGCGGUUUCAGCAGACCUAGCAUGCACCGUCGUUCAAGUGUUUCUGGCCAGCAGGUCAACACCCUGCGAGACAGUAUUGACGUCUGGCUGCGCGAUCGUGAAACGGACCACGGUCUUCUGACUCGGGAAAACGACAGCGCGUAUUACAGCCCGCGGCCUUCGACCCAACUUGGACGUGCAUCCAUGGCGGUCUCAGACUCCAGCUCCAUGCAUGAGGCGGAGUAUGAAGACCUGGUUGAAGAGGCGCUGGUGGUCAACGAGACGGCAGUGUUUGAGCGGUGCUUCCAGCAUCUGAAUGAUUUUGCAACAGAGGGCCUGCGGACGCUUCUGUAUGGUCAUCGUUAUCUGGAUGAAGCGACGUAUGAGAACUGGAAGAAGGCGUAUCACGAGGCUUGCACCAGUCUUGUUGACCGACAGGAGAAGAUUGAGAAAGUGGGCGAGGAGAUCGAACAGCAGUUGGAACUCACCGGCGCGACGGCAAUCGAGGAUAAGCUGCAAAAGGGCGUGCCGGAGGCGAUUGACAAAUUGCGACGGGCUAACAUCAAGCUCUGGAUGUUGACUGGCGACAAGCGCGAGACGGCCAUUAAUGUUGGUCAUUCGUGUCGUCUGGUCAGGGACUACUCCACAGUUGUCAUUCUUGAUCAGGAAAACAACGACGUCGAACAGUCUAUUGUCAAGCUCACGGCGGAUAUUACCAAGGGUGUCGUGGCUCAUUCGGUCUUGGUUGUGGAUGGACAGACGUUGUCAAUGAUCGAGACGGACGCGACCUUGCGGUUGCGGUUCCUCAAUCUUGCUAUUCUUGUCGACUCAGUUAUUUGCUGCCGUGCCAGUCCUAAGCAGAAGGCGUUCCUUGUGAAGUCGAUCCGUCUUCAGGUCAAGGAUUCCGUGACGCUGGCGAUCGGAGAUGGUGCCAACGAUAUUGCCAUGAUUCAAGAAGCACAUGUGGGCAUUGGUAUUACGGGCAAAGAGGGUCUACAAGCGGCUCGGAUUUCAGAUUAUUCGAUCGCGCAGUUCCGAUUCCUGCUGAAAUUGCUCCUUUGCCACGGACGGUGGAACUACAUCCGGGCGUGCAAGUAUACGCUGGGAACGUUCUGGAAGGAAAUGCUGUUUUACCUGACGCAGGCACUCUACCAGCGAUGGAACGGAUAUACGGGAACAAGUUUGUACGAAUCCUGGAGUUUGAGUAUGUUCAACACGCUGUUCACGUCGCUUGCGGUUAUUUUCCUGGGCAUCUUUACCAAGGAUCUUGCUGCGUCGACGCUCUUGGCUGUGCCGGAAUUGUACAAUAAGGGCCAACGGCAUGCUGGUUUUAACAUCAAGCUGUUCCUGGGAUGGACGUUCAUGGCAGCGUGCGAAGCGAUGAUCAUCUACUUUACCAUGUACGGACUGUUUGGCAAUGUGCUCUUCAACAACCGUGCGGGAAAUGACAUCUAUUCACUGGGACUAUUGUCAUUCUCGGCGUGUGUGGUGGUAAUCAACACCAAACUGCAAGCGCUAGAGGUACACAACAAGACCUACCUCUCCGUGAUCGUGAUGGUAAUCUCAAUUGGCGGCUGGUUCCUCUGGAACAUGAUCCUCUCAGUUCGCUACACCAUGGAAUCCGGUAAAGGCGUAUACCACGUCAAUGGCAACUUCCUCAAGCAAACCGGCCACAGCCUUUCCUUCUGGGCCGUCCUCCUCGUGACCGUAAUGGCCGUGAUCGUCUUCGAAACCGCCGUCAGCGCAGCCCGAGCAAACCUCUUCCCAACAGACGUGGACAUCUUCCAGGAAUACGAGCAGGACUUGGAGAUCCGGAAGCGGUUUGAAGAAGCGGCCGCGAUGGAGCUACAGCAGGGCUGGGACCGGGGCACGAAGAAGGCCAGUUUCGAGUUGGUGCGCGAAACAGAGAAGGCGGAAGAAGAGGAGGCACGCGAGAGACAGGUGCAGGAACUCCUGGCGCGGCCUCGGGUUAUGACCAAGACGGGCUCUGGUCAGGUUGCGGUUGCUACUACUAAUAUGGAAUCUGGACCUAAUGUUGUUAUUGAAGUUCCUGGGACGGGGCAUUCCGGUGAGGAUGCGCAGCGGUCCAAAGAUAUUCAUGAGCUGUUCAGUAAGGGGUACGGUGCGAUUCGGAAGGGGCAUUUGAAGUGA